CAACUUUCUAAGAUGGCGGACAAACAGGCUAAGGUUGCGAAGAGAAAAAAGAAAAGAAAACCGAAAGAUUCUCAUGAGUUUUCACUCGAGGAUGUUCUUGCGGUCGGAGGAGACAAGGACGACUUUGAGAUGUUAAAAGAUGUUGAUAUAUCAGAUGAAUUUUCUGCUGACGAGGAGACGUCCGGAAAUGUUGAGGAAAAAGAGAUAAUGUCACUCAUCAAGGAGCUGGGCUUGGACAAAGUCACCUUCAAAGGCGAAAAACUUAAUAGUGAGCUUGAUAUUAAUCAAGACAAAAGUGCAGGUACUGCCGUAAAAUCUAAGGAAAGUCUCAAGAAGGAUCAAGAAGAAAAAAGUGCAAAGAAAGAGAAGAAAAAUCAGAGGAAAGAAUCAGAAGUCACAAAUACAUCCAAAUCUACAGGAUCAACUGUGACAGCACAGGUCCCCCAAGUUUUGCCUGAAAGAAAAGGAGGUCCAAGGCAAAAACUUCUGAUUAAACCUGGUGGCUUGUGGUAUGAUUUGCUUGUUGAAGACAAUACCACUUCCCCCACCCCUAGUCAGGAUGAUGUUAUAUGCCUCUCCAGGGAAGCAGCUGAUCUUUUUGAGCAGGAAGUUGGCAUCUAUGAUAAAAUGAAAGUAAAAGAGAAGUCAUCAGAUUCACAGUGGUUAAAAUCUGUUGUAAGCUCAGGAACAUUGAAUGACAAAGUUGCUGCACUCACUGUUCAAGUCCAGGAAUCUGCUGUACACGGCCUUAAAACCUUAGAUAUAUUAAUUGGCAUGGCUAAAAAGAAAGGUAGAAGAGAGAGUAUUAUAGCUGUAGACAUGUUGAAAGAACUUUGGAUGACCCUUCUACUUCCAAAUAAUCGCAAGCUUAAAAAAUUUGCUCAGCAUCCACUGUUGUCAUUAGUUGAGAUUGUCCACAAGGGUGGUGGCUGGGAUGAACGAGACAGACGUCUUAUUCUGUGGUACUUUGAGGAGCAGCUGAAACAGAGAUAUCAAGAGUUUGUUGAAGUUGUUGAGAAACUUCUUCAGGACACUUUGGUAAACAUCAGAAGCAAAAUACUGGGAGCUGUGUUUGACUUAUUGUCAGAGAAACCAGAACAGGAACAAGUUUUGUUAAGUCUACUGAUAAACAAGAUAGGAGAUCCUGACAGGAAAAUAGCAUCAAAAGCAGUUUAUCUGUCAAGAUCAUUAGUAACUAAACAUCCAAAUAUGAAAUUAGUGGUCACCAAGGAGAUCGAAAAACUUCUCUACCGACCCAACAUUGCCAUUAAAGCUCAAUAUUUUGCAGUGUGUUUUCUCAAUCAGUUAAUCCUUACCAAACAAGAUGGUGAACUUGCCACCAGACUUAUAUCCAUAUAUUUUUCAUUCUUUCGGGCUUUUUUAACAAAGGGUGAAUUGGAAGCAAAAAUGUUGAGUGCUCUUCUUACUGGAGUAAACAGAGCGUUUCCAUAUGCAAAAGAAGAGGACGAACAGUACAAUGAACAAAUAAACACUCUAUUCCGAACAGUGCAUAUUGGAACAUUUAACACGAGUGUACAAGCUCUGAUGUUACUUUACCAAGUCAUGGAAUCAAGGCAGUCCGUGUCAGAUCGCUUUUAUUCCGCCCUUUAUGCUAAACUCCUGGAUCCAAAUCUGAAAACAUCUGGUAAACAGGCCGUGUUCUUGAAUAUUUUGUACAAGUCCGUUAAAAGUGACCCUUCAUUGCAUCGUGUUAAGGCGUUUGUAAAACGUAUCGUACAAGUUUGCAGUUUCCAACAGCCAUCAUUCGUCUGUGGAGCGCUAUUUAUGAUUUCCGAGCUUACAAAGCUGAAGCCAGGAAUCAAGAGCCUAACACAGCAACCAGAGGAGGAAGACGAUGAAGAACACUUUGUGGACGUCCCUUCGGAAGAUGAUGAGGACAAAAUCACGACAGAGGAGGUUUCAUCAGCCAGAAAAGAGCCACAAAUACGCCAUCCUGACGCAGCAAAGUCCCCAAAGACUGAAACACGUGUAAGCGGGGCUCAGAAAAGUCAAACCUAUAAGCCCUCCCAGAGAAAUCCGCUGUACAGCGGGGCAGAAAACUCUUGUCUGUGGGAACUCAAUAGGCUUUCCAGACAUUAUCAUCCUUCAGUUUCCCAUUUUGCUCAUACACUUAUGAAGGGAAACAAUAUCGAGUACAAGGGAGAUCCUUUGCAAGAUUUUACACUCAUGAGGUUUCUUGACAGAUUUGUGUACAAAAACCCAAAGCAGAAGGAACGAGAUCACGGUGGUUCACUGAUGCAGCCGAAAACGUCAUCAAGCCGGCUGGCCGAGGAGCCUGUGAAUACGAAAGAGUUUCUUGCUAAAAAAGAAGAAGAUAUACGAGAAGAUGAACUGUUCUUUCACAGGUAUUUCAAGCGGAAAGCAGAAAAGGAAGGUCAACGGAAGAAGAAAGCUGGUGAAUCUGACGAUGAAAUAUCUGAAAAGGAAACAAAUUUCGACAAUGUUCUAGAGGAGCGGUCUAGCUUUGAGUAUGACUUCGCGAGUGACUUGAAGAGUUCCAAAAUGUCUACGGCGAGUAAAAACAAAGCAAUCACUAGCGAUGAAGAGGACGAAGGAGGAGACGAAAACAGCGAGGAGGGUGGAAGUGACGACGAAGAAUUGGAGGGAAAAGAAUUUGAUUAUGACGCUAUGGAUUUGUCAUCUUCUGAAGAUGAACAAGCAGAGGAGCCAACUACUACACAAGGCAAGAAAAGAAAAUUUACGGAAAAGGAUUACGAGAAGGCUUUGCUCGAAAACCUGAGCUCAGAUGAACUUUCCGAGGACGAGGGAAGCCAGUUCACGAAAACGAAGUCCAAAAAGGGAAACACUGAAGGGGGAGAUGUUUCUUCAAUGUUUGCGUCUGCUGAAGAGUUCGCUCAUCUGCUUGAAAAUUCCAAAGCUUCAAGAGGUGGCACCUAUGAUGUCAAACGAGGGAGCGCCAGCGACAAGCAACUUCGAUGGGAAGAGAAAAAGGCGGGAAAAAACUGGAAUACAAAGAGAGGAAAUCGGGGUCGUGGAAGGGGCGGAAGUAAAGGUCCGCGAAGAGAAUCCAAUGUCAAUCGAAGAACAAAUUUUAGAUCAAAAGGAAGAGGUGGAAAAAGGCCAAGAUAGUACAAUCUGCCCUCUUCUUGAUUUGUUUGCGUAGAAAUCCAUCCAAUGUCAGGGCAUGAUAUGAAAGUGACACAACGAAGAGUUACUAAUUGGAAAGUGGAUUUCAAAAGGCAAAAGUUCUCAGAAUUACCUAUUAACCUAGGAAUGGACGUUACUGUAAAUGAAUGCUAUGGCUUGAACAAUUUUACUUUGAUUAUCUUGCAGUUUUUCGAUUAAUUCAUCUUGUUUUUUUUUUGUCAAUAGUAUCCUUUACUCCUCUCUGAACAAUUAUGGCAGGCUUGUCAUCUCAUCUCUCACUCGUUUAGUUUUUUUUUCUUUCCACUGAAAAGCCUUCUCUCUCGAUUUAUCAAGCGGCCUCGACAUGAAAGGAAAUAAACUGAUCAAUUUGGGUGAUGCCAACAAUCCGACUGAUGCUUCAAACAAAAAAUAUGUUGACACUAUUGCAAACAGUAUUUUCGAUGGCUCUGAACCUUUUCAGGUCGACAUUUCCACGAACAAUUAUAGAAUAAAAUAUGUACACACCUCAGUUAACGAUUAUGACGCU